AACUUCCGCGCAAAGUAUAAGUUCGAGCAAAGUAAGAGAAGAGAGAGAUAGAGAGAGAGAGAGAGAGCAGCCAUGGCUGAGUCCCAGCUAGAAUGCAUGGAAGACGGAAGUAUCGUUGAGACCAUCCAUGAGUCCAGGCCGGAGUUUUACUAUAGUGAGACGCACCGGUCGGCGCUCGAGGAACUGCUGCGUAAAGGUGACGGUGCUUUUAAGGAGCUCCUCCGCAAGGACGACGCUAAGGACUUCCUUUCGCCUCCUGAGGUCAAUGUGAUCAAAAGCACUGUAGAAAAAUACAGCACGCAAGAGGACCUAAGCGUAGCGACGCCUCGGAUACACACAGACGACACGACGUCUUUACGCUCGACCUACUGGCCCGAGAUCUCCGAUAUCCAAUUGCCGGAAUUGGACAUAGGCUGGCCGCACUCUGGCUUCUUUAAAGGGGUGAUGCGCGCGAUGGUGUACGCGCACCCGCCCAAAGACAACGGCCCGCACAUUAAAGAAGUCGUCCGUAAGCUGAUCCGAGACGCACACAAGGUUAUCGCUAUCGUGAUGGACCUUCUCACAGAUCUUCAGAUCCUACAAGAUCUUCUGGAUGCCGCUUCCCAGCGUAACGUUGCUGUCUACAUUAUACUGGACAGCAAGGGAGCGCCACACUUCAUCGACAUGUGCAACAGACUGCAGGUCAACCAGAAGCUUUUCCAGAACAUCCGAACCCGCAUGCUGAGAGGUGUUGGACUUGACCUGUCCUAUGGGAGGAUCCCUGGGAGUUUGAGCAACAAGUACAUGCUUCUCGAUGGAGACAAAGUGAUGUUCGGAUCUUACAGCUUCUCCUGGAUUUCAUCCCGUAUGGACAGAAAUAUAAUCACCGUCAUGUCAGGACAGAUUGUCGACUUUUUCGACCGGGAUUUUAGGGAGCUUUAUGCCAUGUCACGUGAGAUUAAACUCUUCAAGGAGGUUAGCGUCAGUAAACCUGUCAAAGCACCUAGCAAAGCACCAUCGACCCGCAUGACCAUACCGACACGACCCGCACUACCCGUCACCUCCCGCUUCCAAGUGAGUCUGGGAGAAAGAGGAACUCUGAGAGUUCCCGCCCACAAAUACUACAACCCUAAAUACGAGCUAGCGAUUGGCAGCCUUCCUGAAGACACCACUCGACAGGAUCUAAUAACCAAAAUGGAGGAAUCUAUCAAAAUGUUUGCAGCAGAGGGGAAUCCAUUGGAAGAAGACGAUGAGAUGGAAACGUUCACCCCACAUUCGUCUCUGAAUAGCAAAAAAGGUACCAAAUUAAUAUGUGUACCAUCAAAGAAGAAGAAAAUAUUUAAAAUGAAACUGCGAAAAUCAAAACGAAAAGGAGAUGAGAAUGAGGGCGGAAAAGAGGGUGAGAGUGAGUCUGGUCCCUCUACUACAACAAAACUGACCAGUACUAUAGAAGAUAUUACAGAGAUCCCAGAGAAACCUACUGCUGAAUCGCAGACGUCUGAGAAAACAAAGAGUAAAAAGAAGAAAAAGAGCACGUCAUCGCAAAGUGAAGAUCAGGGUUCAGAAAGCCAGAAAGACAGCAAAAAGUGUGUCAUCUCCUGAAGACUUGAAUGAAACAAAUCACACUUAAAAAAUAAAGUUUCUGAGGCUUAUCAGCCAACAUGUCGCUUAUAUUUGCUAGUGUCAUUUUGUUAAUUUAGCAAAUUAGCCUUGUCAUGCUAGAAAGCAGAAUAACUGUGACGUGUGAGGAAUAUAAAUAAUUUGAUUAAAUUCUUUGAUCACAGAGCCUCUCACAGGUAUACAGUAAAACUAGACUAUUAUCAUUACACAUAAUAUUAGCACUUAGCAUUAGCACAAUCAGAUCUGUGCUAUCACACAACAGCUACCAAACAGAGAGGCUAAAAGAUAGCACAUGAUUCCUCAAAAACAUGAAGCAAGACUCAAACCUUCUUCCCAAUUGCUGUUCAUGCUACAACACAAGGCCAUUGAAUACCCUCAUUGAAAAAAUUAGCUCAUGAAGAUACCCACGAUUUGCUAGAUUUGAUAUGACUGACAGGGGAAAUUGAGAAAAGAACACUUACAAAUGCUGCUGCUAAGUUUUUUUAGCCCAUGAUUAUGUUGUCUGAGCAAACAUAGCUACUUUGGUCCUUUACGGACAAGAUGUGGGUAGUGUGUGCUAGUGCUAGUUUUAUCAGAGAGCCCAUUUUUUAGCAUAGCUACAUAAGCCAGGCCACAUGGGUUUUACAGAUCAACACAACACUGACCUCAUGGCAUAUUCUACACAUUUGUAACACAAACUGUGGACAACAUCGCACUGAUGUGCAAACCCCUUUCCUGACUGGCCUGAAGUUAGCAUGUUUGCUAGGAUGUCUUUUCUGAAUAACAAGCACAGCAAACAGAAAUGUGUCCUUGCCAUUAGCUAGGGUUUUCAUUCAUUCAUUUUAUUUUUCAGUAUAAUCACUUGACAUGUCCUGUACAGUAUGGACUGGAACGAAAUUAGCCCCAGCUACGAUUUUGUACCAUUCUGUGUAAUUUUACUCAGCACUUUUGGGGAUACACUUGUUUUGUUUUUGUAAAGGUAAAAAAUAAUAGUUGUUUGUUACUGACAAAAAGCAAGACAGGCUAGAUUAGCAUCAAAAUGAAAUAGCAGGUAUAAACACUCCAAAGAUGGCUAAGUUUCUGCAUUUUGUAGUAAAAGAUUUGUGAAAAUGUAGACUUUUUUCCCUCUCGGUCUCAGGAACACUAAGAAUUUAACUUCAGUGUUGGACUAAAUUGUACAUACAUUACUUGUUUGAAUCUUUUUUUUUAUAGGAAUUAUUAUAGAAAGAAAUUUGAUAUUAAAUAAUAACAUCAAAUUUUGUUUUGGUGCAAUGUUGAAAAUGGUGCUGUGGAAAUGAUACAGAGCUGUGCUCCCAUCUAGUGGUUAAUUUCUUUAUGUGUGUAUAUAUACUGUAUGUAUACUGUAUGUAUAUGGAUGUGUGUGUGCGUGUCUUAUUGCAUCUGUCUGUUGUGCCAGAGUCAAUUUAUUAAAGAUCUGAUGCCAAAA